AUGGCCGUUCAUGCAAGACUGCAGUGUGAACCGCUGGAUUAUCCCAAGAACAAAACAGCAUGGCUAGAGAAGCUGAACUUUGAUGGUGCGGGAUGGAACAGUACCAACAGGCCACAUGGUUACAGUCAUGGUUACACUUUGAUAGGGCCCGCGAACGCGCUCGAAGAAUCCAACUUUACUUGCUGUGCCAACGAGACCAAUGGUGUCGUCGGAGACGCGGCCAUUGGUUACUGGAUGAACUAUGAUCAGUCGUCUAAGAUCUAUCAGAAUCAUUUGUCCGCGACGUGGAUUGUCGGCCGACCUCUCAAUGGAACAUUCCAGCCAGCUAACCAGGAUUAUCCCUUAUGGAUCUGGCCGGAGGAACCAAGGAUAUUUGCAACCAACUGUACGCCAAUCAUCGAACAAGCUGAAGCUCAGGUUAUUGCUGAAGUAGAGACCGGAACCAUUUUGAACUACGACAUCAUCACUCAAGAGCGAAAUGCUUCCAUCGCUUGGUCUGACGAUUUCCUUGAGCAUCGUGCAUCGGUAGAUUAUGCAGGUCAGGCAUCUCACUAUACUUUGCAGGAGGAGAACAUCACCGUCAGUUGGGGCAAUUUCUUUUGGGACACUUUGGUAAACUCUGGGCGUUCUUAUACUAUCUUGAACGGUCCUUUUGGCUCUGACAUGAUUGAUCCGACUCAAUAUCGUACAUUCAACUUCCUGGCUCGUGGCCUGAAUGUCGAUUUUAUGUCNUUUGCCAUGCUGGCGCUUGCGAACAACACCAAAGAGACAUUGCUAGAGCCACAACGGUAUAUGGAGCUAGCCAGUACAACUUUUGGUGUGUUCUUCAAACACUACGCCUCCGAAAAUAUCACAAGGCUUUCUGGAGGCCACAUCUACGAGCCUGUCGGCGACAGGCUACCUUGGAGCCUGGGACCUGUCAUCAACGAGACCAACAGAACACUCGUGUCCACUUAUCAGGGAGCUCUUGCAGAAGACGAUCAAAUUGACACAGCACAUCCAGCAAUAUCCGCCACCUAUUCCAUUCCAGUCGAGCAACUUGUCAUGUCUCCUGUUGCAGUUUGCCUUUGCCUUUCGAUCCUCUCACUCUUGAUUCUUACCACUAUCGUGAUGUAUUCGACCAACCGCAGUCAUUUCAAAGCACUCCCUCGAGACGUGGACACACUGGCUAGCACGCUUGCUUUUAUCCAUGGCAGUGACAAACUACUAGAUUGGGCCCAAGAUGGAGCCUCCACGAAACCAUGGUACAAGCUUAGAUCUCGCAAGAAUAAGCUAGCACGGCAACAGUCGAAGCGGUUGAUGGCACAAAUGGGACCUUUCAAGGAUCAAGACGGCAACGACGCAUGGGGCAUCGAGUUGGUAGAAUCCAAACGCAUAGCUCACGACCAUGAAGGUGACCAGGAAUCGGCACGGAAGCCAUGA